UGACAGGUUUGUUCUUUUGUCAAAUCACACAUUAACCAGUGUUGCAUUAGCUAAACAAUUCAGAUGAGCUGGUGCACCUGUGAUCACACUUCAGCGAUCUCAACACACAAACAAAGACAUUUUCAGCGAUAUAAAAACCCACCUACCUCAUUCUGUUAGUUUGAAGAGUUGCUGUCAUCUGUCUGUGAGCGAAUUAUUUUUCUGGUCUUCUCCUCUCACCAUUGAGCUCCUGAAAAAAAAGAUAAAUAGACAACAAUAUUCUCAGGUAAUUUUGGGGGUUUGACCGGAUCAAGAUGCUGCUGAUCAUUGAAGCUCUUCUUCUCAUUUUAUCUGCUCUAGGACAGGAUCACAGAGAUGCUGUUGAAGGAAAGACAUUUCCACUGGAUAUGGCAAAGAAUUCAGUUGAUGAUCAGUAUAAGGGCUGUACAGAGAAAAUGGCAAAUCUGGUAAAGACUAAAUAUCUACAGAAGGAAACAUCUGACUCAGAAUCUAAAUUUUCAACUGCUUGGAAACGUGCUGAAAAGAUAGACAUGUCACCAAGAGACGGCUUGACAAAGGAUAAUUUAAUUGCCAUUUAUGUGUACACAAACCCAGCUUUUGAGCUAUAUAAGAAUUUCAAUAACGCUGUUCAGAAAGAUAAGAAAAAAUACAAAAACAAAAAAUAUGAAUGGUAUUCACUUCACUUUUUGUUAACAGACGCAAUACAGAUUCUGAAGAAAACACAAAAGAAAUGUUUUCCAACUUUUCGUGGUACAAAUAUUCAAUUUAAAAAGAAUGUUCAAAACAAAAAGGUUCGUUUUGGGUCAUUUGCAUCUUCCUCUCUUGAUCGUAAAGUAGCAGAAUUUUUUGGAACUAAAUCUUGUUUUGAAAUCCACACUUGUGAAGGUGCUAAUCUGACAAAAUAUUCUAAGCAUCCUAAGGAGAAAGAGGUUCUGAUUCCUCCUUAUGAGAUGUUUAAAGUCACUGCCGUCAACACUAAAAGAGAUCAGAAAGAUCUCUGGUGUGAGACUGUGUAUAAGUUGGAAAGCUCUGGAACAAGAAGUGACCUGAACUGUGCUCUGUUCAAGAAAGCAACCAAGAACAUAACAAAGUACUAAGGAUGUUAUUGAAAGUACUGAAAGUGUCUUUGAUGUUAUCAUGUACAUCAGAUACAACAUUUUUCCUCUUGGUUUAGUUUUUUUUUUUUUUAAUUUCAACAUAAAAGUUAUUUUUAUGUGACCCAAUUUAAUGGCCUUCAAGUGAUUUUAUAUUUUUCUCCAAUUCAUUUCUUCAUUUAUACUUUGCAUGAACAAUUUUAGUGCUUGCCAUCUAUCUAACUGCCAGCUAUAGCAUAUUAACUGCUAAAUGUGUGCAAUGCAGCUUGCAGCAAUAAUCAACAGAAUUAAAAAAAAAAAAAAAAAAGAAAAGAAAAAGGUUUUGUUUCUUGUUGAAUUUAUUUCAAUUAACUUUUUUAAAAUGAAAUUUUAAAUAUAACCUUUUCUUUAAUAUUUUUCAUCCUAGUCAUGUUGGAGAUUGAGAGGUUCUGUGAUGGAGCUUUUAUGGUUUCAUUGUAAAGAAGCAGCUUGUGGUUUUGUUGUGUUUGGCUUUACUAAUACCAUGACACUUUAUGAAAUAAACAAUAACUGCUAAAACCUG